AUGGAGGCCCGGCCUGUCCCAGACUUGUCCAAGCUCCAGGAGCUGCUGGCGCCGCCGUGUCUGGACCCUAAGGCGUCUCGGGCGCCCCCUCUUCAGCAGACUGCACAGGUGCUGCCCACACUGUCCCUUGUCCCCAGGUCCUUCUGGCCUGCACGCCAGGACUCCGUCACUGCCCUGCGUUUUCUCCAAGAAACAGCAGAGGGGCUGGUCCAGCGCCCUGCCCAGGACACCCAAACCCUGGGGGCCUCCCGGGAGCUGAAGGCCUUGGAGUCUCUGGGACCUUCGCCUCUGGCAAGGGAUGCCGAGAACAUGCUGACCCCAAUCGGCCAGCAAUGCUGCAGCUCGAGGCCCCCGGAGGCUCCCCCAGCCCCCUCAGCCCUACCCCAGAGGAGGCCCCGGAAGCAGUCAAAGCCCCACCGGGGCGCUGAGAGAGUGGAUCCCCGGUUUGAGGGGGUGACCCUGAAGUUUCAAAUAAAGCCGGAUUCCAGCCUCCAGAUCGUAGCCAGCUACAGCCUGACCUGCACUAGCCGCUCCCAGGGUCCCUCCACAGGCCCUGCGGGGGGCCCUGAGGCCAACUCAGGAGGCGGCGAGGCCCUGGGGCCCCGGUGCUGUGCUUCCUGUAGGACCCAGAGGACCCCACUCUGGAGAGAUGCUGAAGACGGGACCCCUCUCUGCAAUGCGUGUGGUAUCAGGUACAAAAAAUAUGGCACCCGCUGCUCCAGCUGCUGGCUGGUGCCCAGGAAGAGCGUCCAGCCCAAGAAGUUAUGUGGCAGAUGUGGGGUGUCCCUGGGCCCCCACCAAGGCCCGGCUCAGGAAGGGGAUCCCAGGUGGAAGACCCAGGCCUCCGGCUCCAGAGCCCCUGUCUCAGGGGGCCACUGUGCCCCAUCUUGGCCCCUGGUCCAAUCCGGCUUGGCUGAGCCUCUCCUCAGAAAAUGUCCUCAGCAGUGACACUCAUAUUGUUGACAGCAGUAACAAUAAAGAACAAAACGACUCUGAGCAAAGCACCGUGACUCGGGGAUCGCGUCUCACGCACGCAGGCACGUGGGGGCAGGUGUUUUCUCAUUCGGAUUCUGAGGGACACACACAGAGUCGUCUAUACGGGCACCAGCCGCCCCACCGGGAAUUAGUCACCUUCACCGCAACUCCCCAUACAGGGCGACAGCCACCACACGCAGAGACAGACAACAGUAGACAGACACACACAUGGGGCGCCUGGCUGGCUCAGCCCAUGGAGUGGGCGACUCUUGA